GCCCCGCCCGCAGGGUCGCCGUCACGCGACCUCAUGUGCAUGUGACCGCGCAGGCGCUCGCGCUCGCGGCGGGGUUGCUCGCGCCGUUGCAGUCCGCUCCGUGAUCUCUGGUCCGCGCGCCGGCCGCCGGCCACCGGGACAGCGUCGAGAAAAGAAAAGAAAAUGCUACCAAAGCCUGGCGUAUUUCACUUUUUGUGGGAGAUUUGUUCAGGUGCAGUGGAUGAAGGAAGUACAGUGAGAACAUUUGGCAGGUUAACUAAUUAUGAUGCCAGGAUCUCUGAGGCAGCACUCUCUGUUCAUCACAAUUCAAAUGAUUACAGACUUCAAGUCCUCACUUCACUGGUGGAACCAUUUGAAGCUCGGAUCGGAACAGAAUAUAUGGCACUUGGAGAGAUGGAAAGCACAACAGGGAACGUUCCUGUGAUCCAGGCUCGGCUGCUAAUUGAUGCGGAUGGAGUUGACUUGCCAUUACUGGAACAUGCUGUGCAGGAGCAGAGAAAGUACUUCCAACAAAGAGACAGAAGUGCCCUUGAAACCAAGAGAACAGGCAGAAGAGAUGUGUGAAUGCGUGCACUCAAAUUUGCCAUUGGAGUUGCAGUUUCUCGAGGCGUGACAGCUGUUUGUGUUUAUAGCUGUCUGAUUUCUCUGAAUCUGCUUGUUUUGGGCUGGUACAGAGCAUCUAGUCUGCUUCCUGCAUGUCGUGCUCACCUUGCCUUUCAGAUGUCACAACUUGGCUAUUAAAUGUUUAAAGUUCAACCAGCAUUGGGAAGUUGCUGAUGUAUUUGGAGUUUUGAGUAUCGUUACUAAACAACUAUAAUGGUACUGUACACAGUGUGAGUUGAUUGUAACCCAUACUACAUCAGUGAAAGAAGGAAAUUGGAUUUUGACCAUUUUGCAGACUUGUUUUCCGUUUGAAUUUUCAAGAUUAAGACUGGAGAAUACUUGUUUUUGCUGCUUGUACAUAAUAAAUCUUAGGUUUUGCAGAGCUA